GCAGCGGAAGCGGAUGAGGGAAGCUCGGCCGCGGCCCGAGGGGGCGGUGCAGAGCUGCAGGAGCCUCGGCCUCCUCCCCGCUCCCUGCGCGGCGCUCAUGCGGCGCUCUCGCUGACACCUGAAAUCCACUGCUCGCCGUCCUCCUGGGGAUCACGGGGUUGCUCGGCUUGCCGCCCUCGGCGGUUUCAGUCGUCGUCGUGCGGGUCUGCGGCGGUCGCCCAUGGAGAAGAACGGGCGGGGCGGCGAUAGCGCCCCCCGGGGGCCCGUACUGCACAUCGCGGUGGUCGGCUUUCAUCACAAGAAGGGCUGCCAGGUUGAAUUCUCUUACCCGCCCCUGAUUCCAGGAGAUGGACAUGACAGUCACAGUCUACCUGAAGAAUGGAAGUAUUUGCCCUUCCUUGCCUUACCAGAUGGCGCACACAACUACCAAGAAGAUACUGUGUUUUUUCACUUGCCACCCAGAAAUGGAAAUGGAGCCACUGUAUAUGGUAUCUCUUGCUAUCGACAAAUUGAAGCCAAGGCAUUGAAAGUACGGCAAGCAGAUAUCACCAGAGAGACCGUUCAGAAAAGUGUCUGUGUUCUAAGCAAGCUGCCUCUCUAUGGCUUACUUCAAGCAAAACUUCAACUCAUUACGCAUGCAUAUUUUGAAGAGAAGGAUUUUUCCCAAAUUUCCAUUCUAAAGGAGCUCUAUGAACAUAUGAAUAGUUCCCUGGGAGGAACUUCAUUAGAAGGAUCCCAGGUAUAUCUUGGUCUAUCUCCUCGAGAUCUUGUGCUUCAUUUUCGACACAAGGUCCUAAUCCUGUUUAAAUUAAUUCUUCUUGAAAAAAAGGUUCUCUUUUAUAUUUCUCCAGUGAAUAAAUUGGUGGGUGCCCUGAUGACGGUGUUAUCCCUUUUUCCAGGCAUGAUUGAACAUGGUCUCAGUGAUAGUUCUCAGUAUAGACCCCGAAAGAGUAUGUCUGAAGAUGUUGGGCUUCAAGAAAGUAAUCCCCCUGAAGAUGAAUUUGUUUCUAUGCCUGCUCCUGACAUUUCAAAUACCAACUUGGGAACUGUCGAGAAAAUCAUGAUGGGAAACCAUGGAAGAGAUGCUGCCAUCAAGACUGAAGAACCUUUGUUCCAGGUAGACGAUGACAACAGUGAAGGACAGGAACCCAAUGACAGCAAUCAAUAUUUGAAACCUCCUUCUCGCCCAUCUCCAGAGUCUUCAGAAAGUGACUGGGAGACCUUGGAUCCUAGUGUCUUAGAGGACUCCUCCUUGAAAGAAAGAGAACAGGUGGGAUCGGAACAGACAAACUCAUUUCCAAAGGAGUCUUUGCCCUCAGACAGUCCUCCGAUUACUGUACAACCUCAAGCUAACACAGGCCAGGUAGUCCUGAUACCAGGGCUAAUUUCCGGUUUGGAAGAGGACCAGUAUGGCAUGCCCCUGGCCAUCUUCACAAAGGGGUACCUGUGUUUGCCUUAUAUGGCAUUGCAGCAGCAUCAUCUUCUCUCUGAUGUCACCAUUCGAGGAUUUGUUGCUGGAGCUACUAACAUCCUUUUUCGACAACAGAAACACCUCAGUGAUGCCAUUGUGGAAGUAGAAGAAGCUCUGAUCCAGAUCCAUGAUCCAGAACUCAGGAAGCUGCUUAACCCAACCACUGCAGACCUGAGGUUCUCAGAUUACCUAGUGAGGCAUGUGACCGAGAACCGGGAUGAUGUCUUCCUGGAUGGCACGGGCUGGGAGGGAGGCGACGAAUGGAUUCGAGCCCAGUUUGCGGUCUACAUCCAUGCACUGCUGGCCGCCACACUGCAGUUAGAUAAUGAAAAGAUCUUAUCAGACUAUGGGACGACCUUUGUUACAGCAUGGAAGAACACUCACAACUACAGGGUCUGGAACAGCAACAAGCAUCCAGCACUUGCAGAAAUAAAUCCGAACCAUCCUUUCCAAGGCCAGUAUUCAGUGUCAGACAUGAAGUUAAGAUUCUCACAUUCUGUUCAAAACAGUGAACGUGGCAAAAAACUUGGAAACGUCAUGGUCACAACGAGUCGGAAUGUUGUGCAAACAGGAAAAGCUGUUGGCCAGUCCGUUGGAGGAGCUUUUUCCAGUGCAAAGACAGCCAUGUCUUCAUGGCUUUCUACUUUCACCAGUUCCACUCCACAGAGUCUCACUGAGCUGCCUGAUGGGAAACCCUGAGCGGAGCAGGCCACCCAGAAGCUGCUGUCGCUUUCUUAGGUUUGAGCGUCCCCUGUCUGUCUGCUGCUCCCAGACUGUUCCUCUUCAUCGACCACAGGUCCACAGCAGGGACCGAUAGGUCGAACUGUUUACAUGGACGGUUGCCCUCUGUGUAAAUGAAUGUCACGGGAUGCUGAAAAGACGAAACCACAACCGUAGCAGGGACGGCUUCCCAGGUUGGGGUUUAAAUUGACUACUUUUAUUUCAGUCUGAGCCUGAUUAAAACACAGUGAACGUUCUAAUGAAUUUUGAGUUCUGAUAUUACAGAUUUGUUUACUUUAGAAAAGUUUUUACUUGGUGUAGGUUUUGUUCUGUUGUUGCUGUUUGAAUAUCCAGAUGGAUAUUCAUAUGUGCUAAGAUUAAGUUAUAUUACUAUUUUAAUUUCUCUAAAAUGGGCCCUAAAAUGUGCUUACAUUUAACAGUAAGGGGCCCUAUAAUCCAGCCCUUCAUUAUUAUCUUGCUGAGUUAUAUGAGGAUUUUUUGUUUGUUGGUUUUCUACCCACAAAACACAUUUAUCACUUCACUUCCUCUUAGAAACCGUGGAAGUCUGAGGUGGUAGUUCUGAGGAUGGAGUGUUUUGUUUUGUGCUUUUAAUUUAUUCAUUCCCAAUCCUAAGCACUUGCUUUGAGGUAUCAAGGAGUGUCACUGUGCUUUCUUCCUUUUCCUAAUUGUUCAAGUAGAUGUGCAAAGAAAUAGCAUGGUGACGGUUAUAGCGGUGUUCAAGCAGUUUAACUGAGUGUGUAUUUAGGGCAAGACUUUUAAAGAUCUAGGUGUUAGUUCUAUUGACUGUAGUAAUGUUGCAAUCUUUACAUGCAUUUUUUAACCCAGAGUUUGUGCCUUCUAUUUCUUCUUUUGAACAGUUUUCCAUUGGGUGUUUACAGACUUACAGGUUUUUUCUUUGUCUUAAUCUUCAUAAAGCUUUUCAGGGCGCUUGGCCUUCCUACUUCCCUGAUAGAAAAUCCUCAUGUAAUCAAUCUCUACCCCCUUCCAAAAGUAUUUAUGAAAGAAAAGCAAGAUGAUCUGUAAAUAUUAAAUAGAAAUCUCAUCUUGGCUCACAUUUAGAAAAGCAAGAGAAGAAAACUACAGCCAUGACAUCAGUCAUGUUUCAUGAAGGACACCUGGGUUCAUUUUAGACACAGGUGUGCUCACUACUGAAGAUUUUUACACAACUAGACCUCAUGUGGCUGCCAGGCUCAGCUCUCACAUGCUUUUCAAGGGGACUUUGGAUGGGUGUUCUCAGGGAGUACUUACAGGCGACAGACUGCUUUUUCAGUAACAAAGGAUACUUGGAAAAUACAUCAUGAGUAUAAUCUACAUUUGAUAUGAAGAGUAUAGAGAAAAUCGGGGACCUCAUUAGGGAGGACGCUUGAUUAUAUUUGAUUUAUCCUUUAAGAAAUGUUUGUGUAAGAAGCACUACUAGGGCAUGUGAAAUGAAACAUAGGGACAUAAUCUAAAUAUCCCUAAAUUUUCCAAUUUGUGUUUUAACACAGGUCCUGCACACCUAAAAGCGUACUUCCCUUUGAGUAUAAUAACUCAAGGUAAAGGGCUUAUUGUGAGAACUCUAUUAAUUCCACUUCUGCUAGGAAAGUUAGCUUUCUCAGGAAAUACUAUUUGAAGAGAAGAAAGUAGUACCAAGCAAAACUUUAAAAGGUACUUUAAAGUUGCACUGAGACUAACAUCUUAUAGUUUGGUGAGACCGCAUUGUUGGGUAGAGUGUGAUAGCGCAUCGGUGCGCAGUUGCUGCUCUCGACUGCGGGGCUGUUCAGGGCGCUAAAAGUGCCGUGAGCGGUCAGCCAGCACGCUGCUGGUUCCUCCUUUCGUUUGUGUGGCUUGUAUGAUUGGGGUGAAUUCUCAUCUCUCACUAUUCAAAGAAGUCCAGUCCACUUUGGAAUCCCACUGAAAUAAAACAAGUUCCAUAAGAUUUAACUUUGCUUUAGUAUCACUCCCUAUUUUAUAUACACCUUAAUGGAACUUUCUAUUCAUGUUUCUGGUUAAGAGUUCAACUCUUAUUUAACAGUGGUCAUUUUUAACUGGCUUUCAACAUAAAGUGAGUAUUUCAGAAGAUAGAACUUUUGUCAUAGAAACGGUCAAAAGACCAUAACUCUAUUUCCUUCAGGUUCUAGAAGGUAUGGGCGUCUUCAGGGACUGCAGGCUAUUGCACUGUUGGUGGGGGGCCCUGGGGCAGCCAGCACAGUUGCAGGCAGGAAGCCUGGCCCCUGGUCCCGGGAGCCUACGUGCUUCAAGUUUGGGUUCCGGGCUCCAGCCCAGCAUCCAGCCCGGAAGCAGUAGCUUCCUGCAGCCACUGGCUCUGGGAGCAAUAGGAGCCAACACUGGUGUGGCUGUCUUCGGACAAGUCCCUGGAAAAGGUGUGUGCUUUGCUUGGCCACAGUGUUUUUGCCUGAGAACUGAGUGCGUUUAUAUAGGCCCGAGGGAGCUAGGGUCAGCCAGCCUUUUUCAGAGUGUGCCAGGCAACACAGACUGCAUCCAUAGCUUGGUGGAGACCUCGCUGCUGCCAGGUGACUUAAAAAAAGUGUUUGGAAAAAGUCCCUGGUGUGCUUUAAUUCCUACUAGGCACUGUAAUGACGAUGACAUAGGUAAAGGAAAGAGGGUUAAAGCUGGCCCAAGUGUCCUGAGUUAAGUGAAUAGGAAAAUUUGCCUGUCACAGUAUGGCUUAGGGUUAUUUUGCAUCUGCAUUUGGCUCACAUAGCCAGUAUGAAUAGUCUAUCCCCAAAUCUGUUAGUGAUUUACUAGCCCCCAGGCCCUAAAAUACAGUUCUCUUCUACUUUUUGCUUUAAGAAACACAGCAGCUAUAUCUUUGGGCAGCAAACCAGAGCAUAUGACGUGAUUUCCUCAACCUUAUCUUGCUUUCCAAGUCCUAUAUUAAGCUUGUUUUUUUUUUGUUUUUUUUUUUUUAGAAUAAUUCACUUACAAAGGCAAGGAGAAAACAAAUUAGGAAGGGAGAGGUGAGAAGUUGCAAAGCCGAGAGACAAGGUCCUUUAAAAUCUGAAUGAAAGUACUUUGAGAGCAGUAUUUUUUUUUCUUUUGGUAUAAAUUUAUUUAUUUUUGACUGUGUUGGGUCUUUGUAGCUGCGCGCAGGCUUUC